AUGUCGAGCGUGUUUCUGAUGAUGGAGGCCGCGGGGCGCAAGCAAGGGGAGGUCUACCUUGCGGUGGCCCUGCAAGAUCACUACAGCCGCCAAAAAGGCUUUCUUGAGUUCAAGAAGGGCCAAGUCCUCGCCGUGGUGGACGAGAAGCAAGAUGAGGGGCUGCUCAAGGGCCAGACCUCGCUCACCCAGUUCGGCUGGUUCCCAAACUUCUUUGUGCGACGAGCAGAAGACGAGGACCUGUUUGUGGGGUGGAUCAAAAAGCGCGGUGCUAUCCGCAAGAGCUGGAAGGUGCGAUGGUUUCAGCUGAAUCCGUCCAAGAAGACGUUGAGCUACCACGAGGCGCCCGGCACCUCGGCAUUGCACGUGAUCGACCUCCACCUCGCCACAGAGGCGACACAAAUCGGCGUGGAGGACAUUCCAUCGGGGGAGAAGGAGUACAAGAGCAAGCCGCUCUUCAAGCUGGUGACGCCAGAACGCGUGUGGUACAUGUGCGCCGACAGCGAAGAGCAGCGACUGGAGUGGUUGGAAGCGCUGCAGGCGGUCAUCCAGGGGAUGUACUCUUCAUCCUCAGUGCUGCGGCCCGCGCGUCAGACCCGCCCAGACAUGAUGGGAUAA